AUGGUGGCGGCGGUCGCCGUAGUGAUCGGCUCUGGGAAACGCGGGCGGAUGGACGAUUUCUAUGGCGAGGGGGGGAUUGCGCCGGAACGUAAGACCGACGCUGCGGUUGUCCUCUACCUCGCGGGGACGCGCACAGCAGAGCGUCAGUGCGAGCACCCCCUCUUCCUCAACAUGCUACGCGCAGUCGCCGAGGCCGGAACUAGGUAUGGCCCCCCCAAGCGCACGUUCGUCGGGGGCGUGGGGUUGUUGGAGUGUAAACAACAGAUUGAAAAGGCUUUGGAGCCCGUUACCAAGACGUGGCAGCAGAUGGGCGUGACGAUCGCCGGUGACAUGAUGACGGACAAAAGCGGGCGCGCGCAGAUGAACAUCAUUUGCGUGAACGACGCUGGAGCUGUUUUCACAGAGGUGGUCGACUGUAAGGCGGAGAAGACAAUUGGCCGCUUCAUUGCCGCCAUCUUGCGGCCGAUCAUCAAGAGGGUCGGGCUGGAGUACGCCAUCGCGCUUUGCAUGGACGGAGGUAGCAACUACAAAAAAGCCUGCAAGCUGCUGCGGAAGGAUUAUCCUCACAUCGAGCUCAUCCCCUGCCCCACUCGCGUGUUGGACUUGCUGAUGGAGGAUAUCAGGACGAUGGGGUGGGCGCAGGAUGUCGUCGGCACGGCAGACGACAUGAUAUCGUUCUUGCGGAAGCACUUGUGGACGCGCGUCUUCUUGCGGAGUCCCAAGCUGCACGGCGAGAAGGUGCUGCAGGUGUUGCGCCCGGCGGAGACGCGCUUUGGGACGAACUUCAUCGCAGCGUCUCGUCUGUUGGCCCUUCGCUCGCAGCUGACGCAGAUGGUUACGCACAAGGAUUCGGCGGUGAAAAGGGGGAAAAAGACGAUCGGUGUGGGGUUCGAGGCGUCGGUGAUGGAUGCAGCGUGGUGGAAGAAGGCGGAGUUCUUUGUGAAGUUGAUGGAACUGCCGUACCUGGUGAUGCGGAGGACGGACUCAGCGGCGAAGGGGAUGACGGCCUUCACCAAAAAGUACCGGAAGAAGUCCAGGAAGGGACAGCGCAAGUUGCUGGAGGAGGGGAUGCUAACUUACAUCAACGGCACGAGGUGCUUCGGGACGGAGACCGCAAUAAAGGGGCGGAAGGCGCUGCAGGACGGGAAGGGGGAUGUGAAGGUGUGGUGGCAGUAUAACGGCUGGGAAUAUGCCGACCUGGCGCGUGUUGCGCGUCGUCCGCUGUCCCAGCCCGUUUCCGCCGCCCCGUGCGAGCAGAACUGGUCUGUUUGGGAACCGGCUCGGGUCGGAGAAGGUGAGAAUGAGAGUGAGAAGGUCCGGGCGCACCCACUUGGCUGCCUGGGAGUGGAAAGAAGGGGAGAGGAGGGGGACAGAGGAGGGGGGGCGAAGACUUGA